AGGAUGUGGUUAUUUUGUAAAAUGUAUUUUCUUUUGAAGUAAAACCAUACAAUGGAUCACAUUUUCUGUCGUAUAGCAGUGGCUGUCAUUUAUUUAACUUUAAGGAUUCUCCCUGUACUGGAGAUAAACUAGAUUUGUUUAUUCACCUUAGGAAUAUAAGAUUUACAUUUCUGCAGGGUGGUGGAUCUGCUAUAGGGAAUGAUAGCUGUAGCCUUUUCUUUUUCUCUUGUGUAAAUAUUUGUGUGCUUUUUCUGUACCACUCCUGACAUCUCUGUCUUAGAGUAAGCAGUGACUAGCAGCUGGACAGAGAUCAAAGGGUUAAAGACUGACAGCGUUCUAGCCUGAUCUACAGCUCCUCCCAUACUAAACUAAUAGCUGUUGUUUGGCUUGCCACACAGACCUGAAGCUGACUGAGGGUCAAGUUGUCAUUUGACAGCUAUCAUCUUGGGGGGGUGGGGGACUUCGAAACUGAAGUUUAUAAACAAAGUGCAGGAAGCUGGAUUUAAAACAAAGCCUCAAAUCAAAAGGAAAUCAAAAAGCAGUGGGAAGCAGACAAAUGGACAGAAAGUGAAGGAGGCAGGGUUCUUAUCCAAACCAGUAUUUCAAAAAAUGGUUUUCAGACACACCUGGUAACGAAUAUGAACUGAAAUAUACUGCACUGAAGACUCACAAUGCAACGGAAGGGCAGAAUGGCAUAUUUCCCUAAACUAAACAUGCACUUGGUAGUGAUGCUUCUCUCUUUUACUUGCCUUACAGUGUGGGGAUACCCACUGCAAUCCCCCGUGGGGCAGCAAAGGACAAUAGUCAUGGGGCCAGAAUUGGAGAGCUUGCUUCCCUGGAUGGGGACUGAAUUUAGCUGGAAGAACCUGAGCUGCCCACUGUGUAAACUCCUGUUCACAGCAAUAGACAUCGCACUGAAGGUUGAGAAAAACUUGGAUCGGGUUGCAGAUGUUGCCACUGAAGUUUGCAUAACACUUAAGCUAGCAGAUGUGAAAGUUUGUAAUCUUAUCAUCCAGUUGUUUAAAAAAGAUAUGAUCAGUGCCUGGAUUUACUCAGUACUCAAGCCUAGUGAAAUAUGUGCACUGCUUGUUGGAAACAGCUGUGGCCACUGGGAUAUCUAUUCCGACUGGAAUGUAACAAUGCCAGAUACACCAAAGCCCCCAGUAAUACCUCCAAAGCCUCCACAUCCAGGAUCACCCAAGAAUAAAGUGCUGUUCCUUACAGAUAUUCACUGGGAUAAAGAUUACCUUCCUGGUAGUAACCCUGACUGCAAAGACCCGCUGUGCUGCCGGAAAGGAUCAGGGUUUCCACAUAAAGGACACAGGGGUGCAGGUCACUGGGGUGAGUAUGCCAGCUGUGAUCUUCCCCUUCAUACAAUUGAGAAUCUUCUACAGCAUCUUUCUACCAGUGAUGCCUUUGACAUGCUUUAUUGGACUGGCGAUAUUCCGGCACAUAACAUUUGGCAACAGACGCGAGCAGAUCAAGUCUUGGCUCUCACUACUAUCACUAAUCUUAUAAAGAAGUAUCUUGGACAUAUUCCUGUGUACCCAGCUAUAGGAAACCAUGAGAGCACGCCUGUGAACAGCUUCCCACCACCAUACAUCCAUGGCAACCAGUCAUCCAGUUGGCUGUAUGAUGCAAUGGCUGAUGCUUGGGAGAACUGGCUAACGACAGAGGCUCUGAGUACUCUCAGGAAGGGUGGCUUCUAUACACAGCUCGUGCGACCUGGCCUACGUCUUGUCUCUCUUAACAUGAACUUUUGUUCCCGAGAGAACUUUUGGCUGAUGAUCAAUGCUACAGACCCUGCUGGUGAGCUGCAGUGGUUAAUCAGCGUCCUGCAAGCAGCUGAGGAGAGCAAAGAGAAGGUUCACAUUAUUGGACACAUCCCACCUGGAGUUUGCAUAAAAAGCUGGAGCUGGAAUUAUUAUCAUAUUGUCAACAGGUAUGAAAGCACCAUUGCAGGCCAGUUUUUUGGUCAUACUCACUACGACGAAUUUCAGAUGUUUUAUGAUGAGGAGACUUUGACUCGCCCUGUUUCGGUAGCUUUCAUUUGCCCCAGUGUGACAACAUAUAUUAAUCUUAAUCCAGGUUAUCGUGUUUAUGAUAUUGAUGGUGAUUAUCCAGAAAGCUCACACAUGGUAUUAGAUUAUGAAACACAUAUCCUUAAUCUCACAGAAGCUAAUAGACCUGGUGGUUCACCAAAGUGGACCCUACUGUAUCGAGCACGAGAGGCAUUUGGGAUGGAGACUGUAUUCCCAGCUGACUGGAAAGAGCUUAUUCAGACAUUUCUUAAGGAUGAGAGGCUUUUUCAGAAGUUCUGGUAUCUCUACCACAAGGGUCAUACUAGUGAAGUCUGUCAAAAUGCCUGCAAAAUGACAACACUUUGCUCUUUGGAGUCAGGGCGUUCAGAUGAUCCUCAGCUUUGUAAGCAUUUGAGUAAAGAGAUUGCAUACAAAGAAAUUCACCAGAUUAGAAGGCAGAGAGAGCUUUGCUGAUUAUACCAUUAUGUACAUAUAAAUAUGGCAUUUAUAAAUGUCCAUCCAAAACAAAUUGUCUUAAGUAUUCAACUGAGCCGAGUAAUUUCUAAUCAAACUAAACAUGGAAUAGUUUGAGCUGUUAUAUAAAACUGAGAUGACCCUAAAAUGUUCUCAAAGCAAUAGUACUUAGAAAGUGAUUCCAUAUGUGUCAUAUGGGCUUCUCUUCAGAUAAAUUUUGGUUUGCACUGACAGCACUUUUUCUUAGUUCCUCCAAGUUUUAUUUAAUUUACUAAUAGCUGCUUGAAAGUAUUUAAAAAUAGGUGAAGUGGAGAAAGGCAAACAUCCCCCCAUUUAACCUAUGCCUGGCCCUGGUGGUGACAGACUGGAUACUGAAUUAAUGAUAACAAUGUAUAUGAUCCAUUACUGGAAUACCUUCCUAGUAAUGGCACUAUAGAAAGAGUCUUGUUUCUGACCCUCACCAAGCAAUCAUAUAGCUUGUUUCUGUUACAUAAGGCAUCAAACUGUCAACAAAAUCAUACUGAUCAGACUGCACAUAGCAUCCCUUCAUAAUACAUGCAUUAGUUAUUGAAUCUGUCUAAGCCACUUGGUGUACCGUACUCAUUUCAGAAUUCUGUGGUGUUACAAAAAUGCUGCCACAAUACUUGCAGCUAUCUUGAUGCUUAUACAGCUCAAUCAUCACCUACCUUGUUGCCAUCUGACUUAUAUUAGCAGCUGCUUGUAUAGCCAGCAGCCAGCUACAUCAGUGCCAGCACCUUGCACUAAAAGGAUGUUUAAGUAUGUAAACGAUGUUGGAUGUUGAUAGGUGACAGUUUGGGGUACAAUGUGCCCAUCCCUGUUUCCCAUGGAAUUUGUAAACUUACUUUGCUUUCUUGAAGUUUUCUACACCUAAUCCCUAACUUUCAGAGUUUUGUUAUUCUUGUUCCUCCCAUUUUUACAUAUUCCAUUUUGCCAUAUUUGGCUUCAUAUGCUUGAAUGGUUACCAAAUUCUUAACAAAUCUAUUGUUUGAAGCUGCUACUGCUGUCCAGCUGAAUAAAGUGAUCAUAUUGUAUAGUGGUGUUUGAUCCCAUGUUCUUUUUAUUCAUUGUUUGAUUAUUUUCUUUAAAGGAAAAGCAGUUGACAUUUUAUAAAUGAAUAAUUACAGCAUUUUUUGUUGGAAAUAGUGCACCAUUUCAUCCUUCUUACUCACGUACUUCACCUUACUUGGUCGAUCUGCUAUGAAGGUGAAGCCCAAAUGAUUACAUAAGAUUGAAAAUCAGCUGGAAUGAAAUUAUAUGCAACAAUCUGGAGUGUAUGGAAAACCCCCAAAAAUAUUUUAAUGUUUUAUUUUAACACUGUCCUUAGAGAGUUUUACUCAGAGCCCUGUUUCUAGGAAUAUGGUUCUGUUAGUUUUUGUCUUUCUUACGCUUUGUUGCCUGUUUCUAUAUUUUAGAUGUCUUAACUGAUUUUUCAUGGAUACCAAAACAUUAUGUAUGAAUUAACAUGAUUCUUCCCUUCAGUUUCAUUUGUCUGUCUCUGGUAAUAAAUAAAAUGUCUAUUUAA